GGUUGAAUCUCUUGAUUCUCUCCAUCGAUUGUGAGGAAACCCUGUCUGCUUCUUCUUUUUAUUUCUUUGUUCUUGAGCUCUGGAGCUCGGCGCCGGGGAGAUGCUGCGCACCUUCACUCGCUUUUUCAACUCUAAUUUCGUACUCCAUACUUUAUACUUCAUUUCUUUGUUUAAUCUUCUUUGCUGGUCCUUUCACGAUGUUCAAGCUGCUCCCGUGCGCAUUUCAGUUGGCCCACAAGAACAGGAAAUCAGCAUAUCUUCCGAGGCGACUGUACUUAGCCCAGCUACCGUCGUUGGCCAAAAUUAUGUUUUCAACCAAUCUUACGGCUUACACCGUAUAGCUAGAGACUCAGGACUUGACGGAGAUAUCGUCUCAGCCUCUGACGCAACAACGUCGGCGGUACCAUUCACGAGCACUGGAGCUACGGCAGCUCCAUCCAGUUCAUCGCCAUCGACAUCGGAUUCGAGCACGUCUUCUGCGUCUUCCUCAAGCUUGUCUCAGUUGGAGACUAGGGGGUCUUCUGCUGGAACUGAUAGCUUUACAUCAUCACCUAAUCCCGCGGGGACGUUUCCAGUCACGCCCCCUACAUCAUUUACGCUUACUACCCCAUCUUUCCCCCCUACUGUUCCGACAUCAGUGACAACGGUGGAAACUGAAUGUCCCCGAUCCUCUCCUGUGCUCGAAGGGUCGUCUCCAUCGACGCCUUCUGCAUCACAAGAAACAUCUUCAGCUACUGCUCUAUUUUGGGCCCCUGAUGUCCCACCAUCGGUGACCACAGUAGUCAGUGGUUGUGCUUCAUCCUUACCUAUACCCGGAGGGCCUUCUUCUGUAACGUCCCCUGCAUCAUUAGGCAUACCGCCACCUACUGCUCCAUCUUUACCUCUUGCUGUUCCGCCAUCAGUGGCAGCGGUGCUAACUAGUCCUCCUGCGAUUUUGCCCACAAUCGAGGGAUUGCCUCCAAUGUUACCCCCUGCAUCAUCGGAAACACCUAUAAUUACCUUUCCCCCUCCCAUAGUUACUCCUCUCCUACCUCCUAUUUCUCCCAUUCCCACUUCCCUCCUGCCUCCUGCUGUCCCUGUUCGUCCCCUUGCCCCUAUCCCUCCCCUUGUCACUUCCCUUUUACCUCCUGUUGUCACUCACUCUCCAUCUCCUGUUGUGCCAGCAGUGACAGUAACCUCACAAAGUGCUGCUAGCCCGGCUACCGCCACAUCAUCGACACCUCUUUCCACAUUUGUGUCUUCCACACCCGUUACGCCAUCCCCUACAACCACGUCCACCUCCUCAGCGCCUAACGCGCAGUCACAUUCAAGUUCGCAACAGGCAUCGUCGUCACCGACACCGUCGCCUUCACCACAAAGCGACGCUGUGUCAUCGCCACGGCUUGCAGGGUCUUUGAUUGCCAUCAUCACAGUACUUUCAUUCCUUGGUGCACUUUCGUUGAUCCUUGGAGUCAUUCUCUUCUUUCGCACCAGAUACCGAUACCGCCGUAUUGCACAGAUGCAACCCCUUAAAGAAGAGCUUCGACCCUUGCAACUGAACUUGUCUUCCAGGUUUUCUGUCUCAACCACAGGAUCAAUGGAGCGAUUUAGGUCUUUUACACUUAAUUCGAGACCUCCUACGGCAUGAAGUCCACUGUCACUUUUGUCCCAUCAUAAUGAUGGUGUACUUCCUGAUGGCAGCUUCAAGACAGGAAUGAGGCCCCUAGAUUGUUGUAACACGAGGGAAGGGAUUUCACAAUGAAUAAUUAUGGAGUUUGUUACAGUCGGCGUCUACAACACAUAUUAAUAAUGACGUUUAAACAACAAAUUAUACCGAAGGUAUCAAGUGC